GUAACAAUAUAAUUAAUAUAGAAAUACUAUACAUAAGCACUUGGUAACCAAACAGUUUCCGAAACCAAAUUUCGAAUUUCGACGAAAAUACAAUUCCCACAAUCGCAUCCGGUGUGUCGUCACAAUGACUUGGCCAGUGUUUCCAAAUUAAUUUUAUUCGGAAAGAAUUUAAACUUUUUUUUUUAAUUUAAAGUUUUUUUGAUUAUGACGCAAUACGACGUAGUAUUUUGUAAUUGGAUUCUUCAUGUCAUCACUGGAAACACUGUUCGAAGUAAUGCAGGAUUGUGACGUCAUAACAGGAAACACAGAAAGUCGAAUGAACGAGACCGCAACUCGAGGAUUGAAACAAAAUGUCAGGAUUCGGGAUCUGCUGAUGCAUUGUUAGAAAUGAAUAAAGCAGUGGCAAGUAUUCUGUUGUUGAUAUGUUUCGAAACAUCGGCGGACUUCCGGUCCCGGAUUCGAAGGGUGGCGGAACAUAUCCCAUCGAGUAUAAGAAGAUGCGACCGUAAGCUGGGGCUAGAGAGCGGGGAUAUACCAGAUGAUAGAAUAUCGGUGUCUACGGUGAUCAAUGAGCAUAGGUAUGGUAAAGAGAACGCUAGAUUGAAUGGUGAUAAUGCAUGGGUGACGUAUACAGCACCGGAGCAAUGGAUACAGAUCGACCUUGGGAAAACAAUGUAUGUAAGUGGUGUUCAAACACAAGGACAGAUCGUCCCCACGCACGGAAGGUUGCUUGUAUCUCAAUACAAAGUGAAGUAUAAGUCGAGUCCCCGUGGUAACGUGUGGCAGGCGGUGUCGGACAGAGGAGGCCCCAUCAACUUUAAUGGUAACACGGACGGGACAAGAGUUGCGAGCGCGCGUUUUCCUGAACCAGUACUCGCCCAGAUCGUCCGCAUCGUACCAGUAUUAUGGCCUGCGAGAGCGAACAGGAUUGCUCUACGUCUUGAACUGCUUGGUUGUAGCAUUGCGGCAGAUUCAGGUUGCGGGAGUUUACGUUCGCAGACGAAACCCCGGGGUUCGAUAUCGAGCAUGAACUACCCUGGCAGAUACGACAACAACGCAAACUGCAGGUGGCAGAUUAUUGCUCCCAUCUACCAAGUGAUCAUCCUAACCUUUGAUCCUGGGUUCGCUUUGGAGUAUGGAUCCAAUAACUGUAGGCUUGAAUAUGUUGAGAUACUUGAUGUCAUCGGCAACACAGAGAAAUCUUUGGGGAAGUUUUGUGGAAAGAAUCAGCCAGGAACCUUUAGUUCAACCAGAAACGUUAUGAAGGUUCAAUUCAUGACCGACCACUACGAAGGGGACAGAGGAUUCAGAGCAAGAUACAACUUUGUCAAUGGAUCUGGCUGUGGGGGGCCUCAGGCAUUAACUGAACCAAGAGGUUUCUUUCAAUCCAUGAAUUAUCCUGAACCUUACUCCAACAACGCUCACUGUAUUUGGGAUAUUUAUGCUGACGUUGACAAGUUGAUAGAAAUCCGAUUCAGUGACAUGCAGAUUGCGCGUGAUAUUCGCUACCCUGGUGUUCGGUACCGACCUGGAACCUCAUGCAUAGAUGAUAGCUUACAGAUUAAAGAUGUAGAGAAUGGAUUAUACAUAGCAUCCAUGGAACAUAGAUACUGUGAUAGUGUGCGACCUCCGAACUUUAUAUCCAUUUCUAAUAGAGUGAGGAUUGCGUUUCAAACUAAUGAAGCAAUUCAAGCAAAAGGUUUCUUCGCAACCUACCAAGUUAUUGCUGCAUCUGGCUGUGGAGGGCCAAGGGAUCAAAUUACACAACGAGGGUUGAUACAAUCAAAGAACUAUCCAGAAUAUUAUGAACCUAACCUUAGAUGUGAAUGGAUUAUUAAGACUGAACCAGAAAAUGAUAUUCAGAUAACCUUCCAUGACUUUGCAUUGGAGGAACACGCCAACUGUACAUUUGACAUUGUAUCUAUAUAUGAUGGUAAAAGUGACCAACAUAGACUUGGUGCAUAUUGCACAACACACAACCUCAGUAUUGGACCAUUGACUGCACAUAGUGGGGUCAUGAAGAUUGUCUUCAAAUCAGAUGAUUAUAACCAGGAAAGAGGGUUCAAUGCAAGUUAUCGUGUUGUAACUCGUACAAGACCAACAUCUGCAACAACAACAGCCCCCACCUUACCAAUGUCCACCACUACAUUAGAAACAACAACAACUACUAUUACUACUAAGAGAACUACACCCACUCUCAUGUCAACAACACAAGUUGAACCAGAAUAUGACAUCACAACCACCUUUGUUCCAACAACAAAGGAGAAGAAAAUUGAAAAAACAGAACCACAAAACCCAAAUGUUUUACCACGACCAGACCAUAAUGACAUCACAAAGGAUGGUUCUAGUCCAACAGUCACAGAGGAAAUGGGCAAAUUGAUCAUCAUAGGGUUGGCUUCUGUAGCUGGGCUGCUUAUCAGUGUUAUACUGACCGGUAUCAUAUUAUGUUGCCGCCAACAUUUCAUUACAACUACAAUGAGCGCGCAGGGGUCUUUUAGAAACGCACAAAACUCUAGCAAUGCACAGAACUUGAUGUACGAUUACUCCAUUGCUUCAACCAACCAAGUGGAACACGCAUCAUCUCAUGUAUCGGACUCAUUUAGUCAUCAGGGCACAAUAAGGAGGGUCCCAAGCAGAGAAAGCAGGAUUUACUUUUCCAUUGAGGAAUGUCCGAACAGUGGAGAUGCAGGAAGACCUUCAACAAGUAAAGAAACCCCAGUUGUUAAGGCACAAUAUAAGAAGUAUUCAUCACGUCAUUACCACUGCAAUGAUGAUUCAAGCGCGGUUCCUUUUGAGAAUGAAGUUGAAGAAGAAGAAUAUUAUGAUGAGGAUGAAACUUAUAAUGUGGAUAGCGGGCAGGAGGAUACACUGUUUAGGCAACGACAGAGAUGUGGAACAAUUGAAAGAGUGAACGAUAAACAAAGUGCUGAGGACAAAAUGAUGGUGGACAACAUUCUAUAUGAAUCAGCUGAUAGCAUCAACAACAAGGAAUUAUAAAUACGGGACAGAACAUAAUAAACAUAUGCGCAUUUUAUGAAAAACCAGAGUGCUGUUUAAACCAUUUGUUAAAUAAUGCAACAUUAAUUUGCCAGUUGGUGUUUACCCAGAUUAUUCGAAUGGUUAUCAUAAUCCAACGUAUUCAAGUCAUUUUAAUAACAUUACAAAGCUAAAAUAUCCCAAAAUUCUUACCCAUAUAAGAACGCACCAAAGUUUUUACCAACAAUAUUACCUAUGCCUUCCGAAUUAAAAAGUACAAGCGGCAAACAAUGAAUGAAUGCUCGUUGUAACUAACAAUACAUACAAAACAAUGAGCGUUA